AUGAUGGCAACUCUCACACGAGAGCAGCUGGAAAAGUUUGUGGAAGAGAGGCCUCAUCUUCAAGACAACCUCCGAUGUCGCAACAUUCUCCGAGAUUAUGAAAAUAAUCAAGUUUCCCACACACUUUCUUCUACUAUUGAAAAGAUUCUGUGGAAGAAAAGGCAAUCCAAUCUCUCACAAAAGUUGGAAAAUAGACCUAACUUGGAACAGCUCGAACAACGAGGGAUUUUACCAUACCACAUCAGUAGUGGAUAUACAUCAUCAAGUAAUUCCAAUCGUUCCUCGUCUGUUGAACAACAAACUUCAAGCUCUCCUUCAUCAACAUCCUCGAGUAAUUCUGUGAGUGACAACACUCCACUUCAUCAAGACUUUUCUUAUAUUUAUGAUCAAGAACAAGCUUUAUCUGGUAUUGGUCUUGGAAGAGAAGAGAAGGAACGAAAAAAGAGACACAUUGAGAACUUUCUAGUAAGAAGACCUUCAAAGAAAGAUCUUGUGGAGAUGUUGAGGAAAGGAAACUCUAUGGCAUUACAUUCCAAUUUAUCGCAAGUGGACAAUGAACCCACUUUAAUCUAUGACGUUUCUGGCACUACUAGCAAUGAUCUCUCUCACGCUUCUCCCACCACUUUCCCGUCCUUUGAUCCUAUGUGCAUUUUGUUAGAACCUCACGUUUUACAAAUCCAUAAUCAGCUAGAGAAUUUACAAUCUGUCACAGACACAGAGUCGUCAGAUGAUUCCAAUAAUAACUCUGAAAGCGAAGACGAAGAAAAAGGUAGCACAUCUCAAUAG